UGCAUGGCACGGAGUGAAAGUCUUUGCCACCCCAACAACAUGCCAGCUUCCCUCCCAUCCUACCAACCACAGUCCUUCACCAGCCCUGCUCUCAAUCUCGGCCUCCUGGUCAGCACUGCCUUUUUAGAGCUUUUUUGAGCCUCAACUUUGCAGUCAGAAAAUGGAAAUCCAGAAAGCCGCGAAAAGAUGUUUGUCGAAUGCAAUGAAUGGGGAGUAGUUCUUUGAGCACCCUCUUAUUCGCCUCCUCUUUCCUCUGGGCUGCCUACCCUUCUCUCCCCCCACCCCCCAACCUGGAUGCCUGUCUCGUAGAAAAGGCGCGAUUGCUUCUCUUCCUCUUCUGUCGAAGCUCGGGCUCUGGAGUCUAAUACCCAUUUUAGCCUCGCUCCCUGCCACACACCCCAAGUAUCUUCUCAGUGCUCUUCAGCCACUAGUUCCUCUGGACAGUUCUUGUCAUAACCCCAUUUCACAGACAAAGGCUUAGGAGGGAAAAAGAACCAGACUGUUUCCUGUGUUAGCCAUUUUAAUGCUGUCCAGCCCCAGACGCCCAGUUCCCAUCCCUGAUGUUUCUUGUGCCUGUGUCUUGAACCUUCAAAAUGGUGUGUGUGGGGGGGUGUCUCUUGGAUAGCUUUGUGCAGUUUCUUUAUAAAUCUGCAUUGUUGCUUCUGGUUUAUGGCCAUGAAGAAAAUAUCAGCCCCCACCCAAAAUGCACCGCAGCCAAGUCGGUUAAAGGCAGUGAGUGUUGGAGUCAGUAGGGGGCGCAUUCUCUGCAUUGGGUAAGGCUGCAGAGGGGGGGGAAGGGCCCCAGAACUAGAACAGGAUGUGCUUAACAGCGCCUUCUACAGACCACGCGAAAAUGGGCCCAGCAAGACUUGCACUUAGUUGAGCUGACAGCAACAUGGCGAAGGAUUAAGUGAGUCUAAAGAGAGAUUUUCAUUAAGAAAGUCACUUCAACGUUUGGAAAGUUCCUUUUUACUCUUUCCAAACUAUUCACCCUCAAACUUUGGUUGCUGAUCAGUCAUCUUGGUGCACAUCCUUAGGUCAUAGGUUCCCUUUCUCAAGAAUCCUUUCACCUUAAGGUUGAAAUGUGUCGACUUCUCUUUCCUAGGCCAGGUGGUAAAGGGAGUUGUUUAAAACCUGCAAGUAAUGGGCUUGAAGUAACACUGGUCAGUCCAAAUCUCUCCAACUCUUUUGAGAGUGAAAAGUCAUUCUUGAAAGGUUUUGGGGGGGGUGAUUUUCAUAGCCUUUAGAGAUGGGUGUCAUGAUUUGCAAGGCUUUGUUGGUAAACAUCAGGUCCCUAUUGAGUUCUUCAUUGUCCAACUUAGUAGAGUUGAUUGCAAAUUUUUGUUGCCUUCCAACUUCAGCCUUCCAGCAGUACAUUAUCUCAGAAGCCAACUGCCUUUGCAAGUGUUGACACCAGUCUUAGUGCACACCCACUUUCUUAGGGUGUGUGGAUUUCUGUAGAUUUUACUCCUGUUGUUAUUUCCAUAGGUGUGAGAUGCACAGUAUGAAACCUAGGCCCCAACUUUUAUGCCGUGAUGCACAGGGUUGCACUUUUUGUACUGAACUGAUAGGUGGCCUAGUGGUUAUUCCCUGUACUGCCAUUUUUGAGGAUCUGAACUCCGUUCCCGCUUUGCUCUUUGGACUACAUUGUCAAUUCACACCGAAACUAUGUUCCAACUUCCUGUCAACAAUCUUGGCAGUUUAAGAAAAGCCCGGAAAACUGUGAAAAAAAUACUUAGUGACAUUGGGUUGGAAUACUGUAAAGAACAUAUAGAAGAUUUUAAACAGUUUGAACCUAAUGACUUUUAUUUGAAAAACACUACAUGGGAGGAUGUAGGACUGUGGGACCCUUCACUUACAAAAAAUCAGGACUAUCGGACAAAACCUUUUUGCUGCAGUGCUUGUCCGUUUUCCUCAAAAUUCUUCUCUGCCUACAAAAGUCAUUUCCGGAAUGUUCAUAGUGAAGACUUUGAAAAUAGGAUUCUCCUUAAUUGCCCUUACUGUACCUUCAAUGCAGAUAAAAAGACUUUGGAAACACACAUUAAAAUAUUUCAUGCUCCAAACUCCAGCGCACCGAGUAGCAGCCUCAGCACUUUCAAAGAUAAAAACAAAAACGAUGGCCUUAAACCUAAGCAGGCUGACAGUGUAGAGCAAGCCGUGUAUUACUGCAAGAAGUGCACUUACCGAGACCCUCUAUAUGAGAUUGUCAGGAAGCACAUCUACAGGGAACAUUUUCAGCAUGUAGCAGCACCGUACAUAGCAAAGGCAGGAGAAAAAUCACUCAAUGGUGCUGUCCCCCUGGGUGCAAAUGCCCGAGAAGAGUGUAACAUCCACUGCAAGCGAUGCCUUUUCAUGCCCAAGUCCUAUGAAGCUUUGGUACAGCAUGUCAUUGAGGACCAUGAACGGAUAGGCUAUCAGGUCACUGCCAUGAUUGGGCACACAAAUGUUGUAGUUCCCCGGGCCAAACCCUUGAUGCUGAUUGCUCCCAAACCUCAAGAGAAAAAGGGCAUGGGACUACCACCAAGAAUCAGUUCCCUUGCUUCUGGAAAUGUCCGGUCUUUGCCAUCACAGCAGAUGGUGAAUCGAUUGUCAAUACCAAAGCCUAACUUAAACUCAGCAGGAGUUAAUAUGAUGUCCAAUGUUCAUCUGCAGCAAAACAACUAUGGAGUCAAAUCUGUAGGCCAGAGCUAUGGUGUUGGCCAGUCAGUUAGACUGGGUCUAGGUGGCAAUGCUCCAGUUUCCAUCCCUCAGCAGUCUCAGUCUGUGAAACAGUUACUUCCAAGUGGAAAUGGGAGGUCGUAUGGGCUUGGUGCUGAGCAGAGGCCCCCAGCAGCGGCCAGGUACUCCUUGCAGACUGCCAGUACCACCUCUCUACCCCCGGGCCAGGUGAAGUCUCCCUCUGUGUCUCAGUCACAGGCUUCUAGAGUAUUAGGUCAAUCCGGUUCUAAACCUCCACCAGCAGCCACAGGCCCUCCUCCAAGCAACCAUUGUGCUACUCAGAAGUGGAAAAUAUGUACAAUCUGUAACGAGCUUUUUCCUGAGAAUGUCUAUAGUGUUCACUUUGAAAAGGAACAUAAAGCUGAGAAAGUCCCAGCAGUAGCUAACUACAUUAUGAAAAUACACAAUUUUACUAGCAAAUGCCUCUAUUGUAAUCGCUAUUUGCCCACAGAUACCCUGCUCAACCAUAUGUUAAUUCAUGGUCUGUCUUGUCCAUAUUGCCGCUCAACCUUCAAUGAUGUGGAAAAGAUGGCAGCACACAUGCGAAUGGUUCACAUUGAUGAAGAGAUGGGACCUAAAACCGAUUCUACUUUGAGCUUUGAUUUGACAUUGCAACAGGGGAGUCACACCAACAUCCAUCUCUUGGUGACCACAUACAACCUGAGGGAUGCCCCAGCCGAAUCAGUUGCUUACCAUGCCCAAAAUAAUGCCCCGGUUCCUCCAAAGCCACAGCCAAAAGUUCAGGAAAAAGCAGAUGUCCCUGUUAAAAGUUCACCUCAAGCUGCAGUGCCCUAUAAAAAAGAUGUUGGGAAAACCCUUUGCCCUCUUUGCUUUUCAAUCCUAAAAGGACCCAUAUCUGAUGCACUUGCACAUCAUUUACGAGAAAGACACCAAGUUAUUCAGACAGUUCAUCCAGUUGAGAAAAAGCUAACCUACAAAUGUAUCCAUUGCCUUGGUGUGUAUACUAGCAACAUGACAGCCUCAACCAUCACUCUGCAUCUAGUCCACUGCAGGGGUGUUGGAAAAACCCAGAAUGGCCAGGACAAAACAAACGCACCUUCUCGGCUCAAUCAGUCUCCAGGCCUGGCUCCUGUGAAGCGCACCUAUGAACAGGUGGAGUUUCCUCUGCUAAAAAAGCGAAAGCUGGAGGAUGACAGUGAUUCUCCCAGCUGCUUUGAAGAGAAGCCUGAAGAGCCUGUUGUUUUAGCUUUAGACCCCAAGGGUCAUGAAGAUGAUUCUUACGAAGCUAGGAAAAGCUUCCUCACAAAAUACUUCAACAAACAGCCCUAUCCCUCCAGGAGAGAAAUUGAGAAGUUAGCCGCCAGUCUAUGGCUGUGGAAGAGUGACAUUGCUUCCCACUUCAGUAACAAGAGAAAGAAGUGUGUUCGUGACUGUGAGAAGUACAAGCCCGGUGUGCUGCUAGGCUUUAACAUGAAAGAAUUAAAUAAAGUCAAACACGAGAUGGACUUUGAUGCUGAGUGGCUGUUUGAAAAUCAUGACGAGAAGGACUCAAGAGUCAAUGCUAGUAAGACUGCUGACAAAAAGCUUAGCCUUGGGAAGGAAGACGACAGCUUCUCAGAUAGUUUUGAGCAUUUAGAAGAAGAAUCCAAUGGAAGCCACAGCCCUUUUGACCCUGUCUUUGAAGUUGAGCCUAAAAUUCCUAGUGAUAAUCCAGAGGAGCAUGUACCGAAGGUCAUUCCUGAGGAUGCUUUGGAAUCUGAGAAGCUAGACCAAAAAGAGGAGGAGGAUGGUUCAAAAUAUGAAACUAUCCAUUUGACUGAGGAGCCAACUAAACUAAUGCAUGAUGCCUCUGACAGUGAGGUAGACCAAGAUGAUGUAGUUGAGUGGAAAGAUGGUGCUUCACCAUCUGAGAGUGGACCUGGUUCCCAACAGAUCUCUGACUUUGAGGAUAACACAUGUGAGAUGAAACCAGGAACCUGGUCUGAUGAGUCUUCCCAGAGUGAAGAUGCAAGGAGCAGUAAGCCAGCUGCCAAAAAAAAGGCUACGGUGCAAGAUGACACAGAGCAGUUGAAAUGGAAGAAUAGUUCCUAUGGAAAAGUUGAAGGGUUUUGGUCCAAGGACCAGUCACAGUGGGAAAAUGCAUCUGAGAAUGCAGAGCGCUUACCAAACCCACAGAUUGAGUGGCAGAAUAGCACAAUUGACAGUGAGGAUGGGGAGCAGUUUGACAGCAUGACUGACGGAGUUGCUGAUCCCAUGCAUGGCAGCUUAACUGGAGUAAAACUGAGCAGCCAGCAAGCCUGAGGGGCCUGGCACACCCCAGCACAUGGGCCAAGUUGCAUCUUGGACCUCUGUUUUGAUUGCAGAGCUGUCUUUUAACUGGCACUGCCUUGCAAGGACUGGUCGGUCAGGCUGUUGGGGACAUAUGACCUCUACAGUCCCAAUGGUUAUUUCUAUGUCUAUGACAUGUGAUUGGUUGAUCUUGCUUCAGACCCUUCUCUGGUAGAUUCAGUAAUGAAGUGUGAAAAACCAAUAAGCUGGCGGCUCAUGAAUGCCACAGGGAAAAGCAGUUCAUUGUUUGCUUUUCCAGCAUUUCUUUCCCUUGGUAAGAUGUUUGGUUGACUGUCCUGGGAAAGCCUUACCCUGAUCACAUAGUAGUGCAGGGCGGGCAUACAUGCUACCAGUCCAGUGUGUCUAGUAGACUUGGGAACAUGGACCUUUUUUCAUGUAUUCAUUCUGAAUAGUUGAAAUGUAUAUUUGUACAGUCUUUUAGACCUCAAGUGAUGCUUAUGACACUGUUACUGUGUGCCCGUCAUAGAUUGGUUUUUAGUGUUGCCCUUGCUGUGUGAUAAAUGCUAUAUCUAGUUUACCUAGCAGAAGCUUGACCCUGCGAUAGUAUGGACCUUUGGACAGACUUAGUUUUUGCACAUAACCUUGUACAAUCUUGCAACAGAGGCCAGCCACAUAAGAUAUAUAUCUGGACUCUCCUGUAUUAUAGGAUUUUUUUUCUUGUUCUGAGUAUCCUUGACAUUACAGUUGUCAAAACUGAUAUUUCAGAUCUCUUUCUGAGACCUUUUAAGCUAAAAUAACAUGCAAGAAUUGAUUUUACAGCUACUAAUUUUGACACCUUUUAGAUCUGUAAGAGUGUUGUGUCAGAGCAGCAAGCACGGUUUGAGUGCUACAUUUGGGAUAUUUAGUUUCCUCUUUAGUUGAGCACCGCUGGGUGUAUUCAUUUAUACCAUCUAAUAUAUGACACACUGUUGUAGUAUGUAUGAUUUUGUGGUCUUUAUUUCCCUUUGUAUUCAUUUUAAGCAUCUAAAUAAAUUGCUGUAUUGUGCUUAAUGUAAAUAUUUGCUUUUAUUACACAAGACAGCCCUGUGUGUCCAUUACAUCUUAUGCUGUUUGAUGCCCCAGCACCCUGAGUAGAGAUGGAAGCCACGCUUAUGAAGAAAACUUGUGGGAAACCACGAUCUGUCAUUUGCCUAAAGUAUGCUCUCUCUCCAGGUGCCAGCUAUAAAUUGUUUUCAUGUGUGUAUAUGUUUCCUUUUGCUGCAAAAGUAAACAUCCUUGAGGUUUUCUGUUCCCCUUUGAUAAGGAGCAAAACUUGGGUCUAUGUAAAUGUUGAUGGUGACAGAUAGAAGUAUGUUGGCCCCCGGUGGUCUUUCUUCCCAACAUACCGUUCAUUCCCGCCUUAUGGCAACAGUUGUACCAAACAGGCAACUGCUUUGCCUCGAGUCCUUUGGCCAUUUUGCUCUGAAAAGAAAGACUGGAGAGCACACGUUUGGGGGCACUGGCACCAAAGGAGCUGGUAGAUUUACUGCGCAGGGAAUUCCAAGACCAGGCUAAAUUCAGAAUGCAGUAAAGAGGCAGAAGUGGCCUAGCAUUUAGCUUAGAACUUUUCUCCAUACUGGGGUAGGGUAGGUCAGCCAUCUCUCAGCAACAUCUCCUUAGAGAAUUCAGGCUACCUUCCAGGACUCCUGAACCUCUUUCCAAGAAAAGCUUUUAGUAGCAGAAAUGUACAAUUCUAGCAUGAGCUUUCUGAAAUCAGUCUUGCCAGGAUACAUUAUGAAUGUGUGCAACAACUAUGGUUCAGAGAGUAGUAUCUUCAUCACUACAUGCUACAGACACCCAAUCAGAAACACCAGCUGGUAUUUAAGCCACCUCCCACUUCUGGGAAUUUAGCAUAAGAUGUGCAAGGAACACUAAUAAAAUGGUUGCAGGUAGCAUGGAAAUGAGGUUGGUCUUGCCCUGUCUGAACAUCACAGCUGAGUUCUGGUGCUGCCUUGCCAAGUGGAUGGAUGGGUGUGAGACCUCCAGCACCAAAAAGGGUUUAGCCACCGCAAUGGAAAUGGGUUCCCAAAUGGAAACUCUAAUGCCGAAGCUCUGAAUGUGUCUCAAUAAAAGCCAUUUUGAAAGAA